CAUCCCUAUGACACGGCGGGGUCCUUGGAACUGAAACGGAACAUCGGGAAUAAACUGAAACGUUUUGAGACACUUUAGAGCAUAAUUUACAAAGUGAAAACAUGUCGGACGAGUGGCAGGCUUAUGUUCAAGACCCUAGAUCAAUCUGUAAGUACGGGGAAAAAUGUUAUCAGCAAAAUCCAGACCAUCACAACAAAUAUAAACAUCCGCCUUCUAAUCAGAAACACAAAGUGGACACAAACAAAGGUGCAAACAAAAGAUUCUCGCCUUAUACAAGGGAAACUACGAAAGCUGAUUCUGGUGAGGAUACUCCUCGAAACCCUAUGAAACACGGCAAACGUUUUAAAGUAUCCGAAGAUGAGACAAGUGGUACUAGACCAGAUAAGAGCGACCUUAAUAAGACGGAGGAACCGACUCAGUGUGAAAAUGAAACUAAACUAUGUUCUGUAGAUGAUAGCUUUACAGAUAUUAUCAACCAAAUUCCGAAAGACCUCACCUAUCAUGAAAGUACAAUAGAACAAAGUAAGUUCAAGGAGCUUUUCUUGGUUGAGAUGCCAGACUGUUUCUUCAAAUUCUUCGAGUGUUUGAAAGAAGAGAAUGAUAUGGAGAAAUUAUUAUCAAGUGUUAAUUUACAGUUAAUUGGCCCAUUUGAGUUGCUGUUAGGGAAGUUACCAGUCUUAGAUAAUAAAGACCUAUACUUGUUACAUUGGAGAUUCUUCUAUGAUCCACCAGAAUUUCAGGCAGUCUUAAAAUCUAAGGACAAGAGCGAGUUUCACAUUGGUUACUUCCGGGAUGACCCAUCUGCUAAACCAGUGUUCCUUGCUCACAAUGACUCCUCUAAGGGUUGUCAUAUUACACCCUAUGCCAGUAAUAUCUUCGGGGCCGUGUAUUUAUAUCUUGAGCAUCAGAAGAAAAGUCCCUUCACUGCCAUGACAUACAAGAAGACAAUGGAUAAGGUCAAGUCCUGGGCAGAAAAGCAUAACUACUCAAUAGAAGAGUAUAAUGCCAAAAGAAGAACUAACCUGAGCAUAGCCAAGACACUGCAUGGUGCUGGCAUCAUGGUGCCAUAUGACAAAAAGACACAGUUGGGCUACAGACGUUUGGUGGAAUCAGAUGCAAAUCUCAAGAAACUUUUUUCAAAACUGGCAGAAGCUAAGUCUCAAACCGAAAAGGACAAAAUACUAUCAGAGUUACAGCCAGUUAUAACAUAUGCCAACAUAGCUGUGGACGAGUGCGACUUCGGUACCGGUCUGGAAGUCGGGAUUGACAUGUUCUGUUCAGGGCUGAAGGAGCUGGAAGCCAGUGCGAUGAACAGCCUCUGCUCAGUAUACUCAUUGCUGAACCGCGCUGAGUUUGGGACGAUAAUCCAGGCUCACCUAAAAUGUCGUCGCAAAGGACCCGACAUGUCUAUUCUUAGUAUUAGCAAAAUAUAGCAACACAAUUGGAUGCUCAGGUAUUGUUUUUUAAUAUAAAUUAAGUGAUUUUUUUGAGUAUUGCUGUUUUUAAAGUAAAAAAAGUGUUAAUCAUA